CUACCAUUUGUCGAGAUCGGCUCAAAGCGAACGCACACACAUUCCGCAUCCGCCAUGUCGGCCGCAGCUAGUAAUUCCAGCAAGAUGAUGACAUCGCCCGGCGAUAUGUUUACCCUGGAGAAUCCAGUCUUUUGCUGCUAUCUUUUUUGGUCCACGGUCCUGGUGGUGAAGAUGCUGCUCAUGUCGCUGCUAACGGCCGUCCAGCGUUUCCGGUACAAGCUGCUGGCGAUCGUACCGUUGGCACUGCGGCGCAGGAUCUUUCCCAACCAGGAGGAUCUGUUCUUCAAGAAUCUCGAAGUGCAAUUCGAUGAUCCGCAUGUGGAGCGGGUCAGAAGGGCCCAUCGCAAUGACAUGGAGAACAUUCUGCCGUACUUUAUCAUGUCGUUGAUUUAUAUCAGUACCAAUCCGAAUGCCGAUGUGGCCUGCAUACUGUUCCGAGUGGCCUCCGUGGCCAGGAUCAUACACACUCUGGUUUACGCCGUUUAUCCGGUGCCGCAGCCAUCGAGGAUUCUGGCCUUCGCCACCAUGCUCCUGAUCACCUUCUACAUGGCCGCCGUGGUCGCUCUGCGGACCCUAAGCUUUAUCUGAAUAAAUUCAAGUCCCUUUUGGCUUAACUCUCAAAUAUAAUAUGAGCUUUUCAAGAAGAUUAA